CUGAUUAACCACUACUAUCUUCUCCCUCUGAAACCAGAAAGAACUCGCAGUUUUAAGGAUCCAUCCUCUUCUUCGCCUCUGCAAUCUUUUCUCUCAUCAAUUUCUUUUGAUUUUCUCUUACUUUCUCUCAAUCCAAACAUGACAACCUUCAAAAUACCAACUUUCUUGCCCUUCUCAAAACUCUCUGUACACAAUAACCCCAAUCCUGAACGUAGAAGGAUAUUUUAUUUGUGUCUAUCUUUGAAUCACACUAUCAACUCGUUAACCUUGAAUUUUAAUUGUAAAAGGCAUAGCGCUUCGGUUUCUUGUUCUGCGGCUAUCCAUGCUCCUGUGGCGACCACCGCUAGAGCCGAGGUCACUGACGAUAGGAUUCAAAGGCUCGUUUCUGAAUUCGAGUCUCUUAAAGAGCCGAUUGACCGGGUGAAGCGGCUUUUAGAUUACGCCGCCCGUCUCCCUCCAUUUGAUGAGUCGGCUCGCUUGCCGGGAAACCGAGUCAUGGGUUGCACGACUCAGGUGUGGCUAGAAGCGAGAAUGGAUGAACAUGGAAGAAUGAGAUUCAGAGCCGAUAGCGACUCGGAGAUAACCAAGGGUUUCAUUUCCUGCUUGAUUUGGUUGCUUGAUGGCGCGGAACCCGGUGAGGUGGUGGCGGUGAAGUCGGAGGAUUUGGGGGCACUGAAUGUGGGCUUGCAUGGUAAGGCCCAAUCGAGAGUGAAUACUUGGCAUAAUGUAUUGAUCAGUAUGCAGAACAGGACUAAGGCUUUGGAUGCGAAGCGAAAGGAGUUGCAUUUGGAGCAGUCACUUGUGGUUGAAAGUUUUGCUCAAGCUCAGUUGGGUAUCAACUGUGCAUAAUAUUGCUGACAUGCCUUGCCAACCCUUCUAACAGGUUACCAACAAAGUGGAAAUGGGAAGUAGAGUCUAGGAAUGGGAAGGCAUGCAGAUGGCCUUUGUUACAUGCCACAGGAGAAGAAGAGAUGAGAUUCUGUAUAGAAGGUGCGGACUGUAACUAGUUAGCAGGUGGUUAGGAGAAGUGGAGAACUGAAGUUGUUGAGUGAGUUGGAGAGUGACAGGAACAAUUACUAGAGAUGUCUAAAGCUGUAUAAAUAGCAGAUGUUUUAACUAGAGUAACUAUUCCAGAGUCAUUAAUGAAAUUUCACUGUCUUCUCUCUAAUUUCUGUCGAUCUAAUUCUCUCCUUCUCUUCGUCACCUCACUCUCUUUCUGUUCUUUCUUAUUCUGUUAUAUUAGAUCAGUUAGGUUCUGACCUGCUCUGGAGCUGCAAAGUAGUUCUUCUGAGUUGCACUGAUGUCAACAUUCACGUUUCUUUCUCUCUUUUUUUUCCUCUCAUUCUUCUUUCUUCUUGGCUGAUAUUUCUUCCCUUUCUUAUCAGUUGAUACGUGCAACAAAAAGAACAGAGGCGGCGAAGUGAAAGAUUCCGCCAAAGUCAGUUAGGUUAGAUUGAUUGAGACACGUAUAAAGAGCUUAUUGAUUUAACUGCAGCAUGUGUGUUUGCAUGUCUUUAUUGCAGCAGCUAGAUUGAGUUUAUAUAUAUAUGUAUAUAGAAACAGUUAGUUUUUCUGAUAAAUCAAAAACCUUUUUCCUUUUUCUCUCAAACUUCAUACAUCUUUCCUCUGUUUCUUUUUCCGCUUUUCCUGAGAAUUCUUCCCUUCUUUUCCUUUACUUUCUUCUUUUCUUCGUGAUAGAUCCUGUUUCUUUUUCUUCUUUGUUUUUUUCUUGUUUCUUCCUCUAUAACCAGAAUCUUUUUCCAAAGUCUAUGAUGUAUCAAGAAACUUGUGAAUUAUUUUCUCUUACUCUUUGUGCUCUAUUUUCCCUCUCUUUCUCCCUGUUUUCUCUUUCCUUUCUGUAACUACCAAGAACAUGUUCUCUUUCUUCUGUUUUCCAUUCUCUUCUUUCAUCAGCUGGAAUUGUCGAGAGCUAAUUCUCCACUUCUUCCUUGUAUUUACUUUUUGUAAUUCAUCAAUUACAGAGCUUCGCAAGCUUCUUUCCUGUUUUGUACUGCAAUCCUAAGGAGAUACUAGCUUAAACCUUCUACAAUCAGUCUAUAUGGAACUACAACCUUGGCAAAAAAAUGUCCUGCUGGAUCUACUUGAAAUUAUUGAGAGGUACAUUCAAAGACAAGAAGAGCUGGUGGGAAAAAUUGGAAUUGGGAGAUUCAAUGCAAAUAGAAAUGGGAAAUGUUGCAACCUUUCAGUAAUGAAGGACUGACAGAAGUGUAUUAGAAUCUGGACCAUUCUCGGAGCCUAUCGAAGAAGCUGAUUAUAGAUCUUGCAAUUCAAGAUGAUGAUGGAGCUAAAUUGAACACUUGCAAUUCACUACAAUAUAUGCAAAAAGAUUUAUUGAAUUAGAUUUUCAGUAGAAAGAGAUAUUCAUAAGAUAAGAAUUAAAUAUCUUAAUAGUUGCUAUUGUCGCAGUAAAUAUCCCAACGAUGAAAAGACAAAGAAUGUUGAAGGAUGCGAUAAAAAAUAAUAAAAUCAAUUUCAAAUAAUAGAGUGGAAGUCAAUUUCUGUGGCAAGUUUUAUAUCAAUAAAAAAUACAUGAGCCUCACUUACUGUACCAUGCAUGACUUAUUCAACAGUAUUAGUGAAAUAAUUGCAAUAGCAACAUGUAAAAUCCUUGUCUUUCUAAGUAACAUAAUAGUUUAAGUUCAAAACUUUUCAAAUGAAAAAGACACUAUAGGAUUGGGAAGAGCUGGAAAAACACCCUACCACACCAAAUUAAACUUAUUUGAUGCUUAGCACUUUCUUCCAAAUCAAAAUUUUCAUUUGGUAAAAAAUAUAUAUAUUGGAUUAAAUUUAAUAUUUUGUUUUAUAAAACAUUUUCUAUUUUUUUAAUGAUCCAGUGUUACAGCUCCUAGUUUCCAAAAUAAUCCUGACAGUAGAAUUCAAUAAUCUCCAAAAUCACAGUCCACGUAAAGUGGGUCACACCAGUACACGAAAGCUCUCCUCACAGUUCACACACAGCC